CGCCUAGCUAAGACUCGUGAACUGCAAACACGAGAGAACCAAGCUGGCUUCAGACAUGGUCGUGGCUGCAUCGACCACAUAUUCACCAUUCGUCAGGUUUGAGAACACAGGCAUGCUUAUCGGCGUCCGACAAUGGUGGUCUUUCUUGACUUAAAAGCAGCAUUUGACUCUGCUGACCGAGAGGUUCUGUGGCAGUGUGUGUCGUUGAAAGGUGUAGCUCAGAAGUGCAUAAACCUUGUCAAGGCUCUUUACUCGAACACUACCAGUUUAGUCAGAGGUUAUGGCGAACUAUCAUCUGAUUUUUCAACCUCAAGUGGUGUCCGUCAAGGCUGUCCACUAUCUCCAUUUUUGUUCAAUUUCAUCAUAGACCUACUGAUGGAAACAAUGUUCUCGUUGACUGAAUUUUCGGGAAUUGAUCUCCUACCAGGAGAUCCGUUUAUCGACUUAGAAUACGCAAUGAUAUAGUUCG